AUGACUGAAGUAAUUCAAAGAGCUGAAAAUGUAGUGAAGACAUUUUUAUAUGAGUUCCCUACAUGCACUACGGAGGAACUUACAUUCAAGUUAGAGGUACCCGUAGAUAUCCCUCUGGCGGGGUCAACGCGCGAGCUAGUGCAAAGAGUGAUCACGAUGUUCCAUGUACCGGUGUAUUUAGAAGACGAUUUAAAUGAAAAACUAUCAAAGUUUGUGGCUCGAGAAACAAAAACAUUUCACAACAGCCGAGAUGGCAAGCUGAUUGACCAGCUGAAGAAUUCAGAAAUCAAUGUAGAAGGUGUUAUCAAGAACUGGGAGAAGCUGUUCAAGGAGAAUGUUAUGGAGUUUGCAGAACAGAAAGGAACAUCUGAUGAGGAAGUUUUUGCAGCUGCAUACCAUAAAUUGGUGCAUUCCCCUGCACUUGAAACUAUACUGCAGGUGGAGAAUUCAUAUGCAAAGACUAUUUUGAAUACUCUUGAAAACAGAGAGGACGAUAUCAAGAAGCUUACAGAGAAGCAGACUGAGGAAAUGGAGGAAAAGAUCAAGCAACUAAACAUUUCAACAACUGAGGAAGAAAUCAAUGGGUUAGCCGCUGCACAUUUUGAACAGCAAGCUCUUGUGGCAGGACGUUGGGGGUCCCAAUUGGAUGCCCUGCGGCAGACCCAGCGCGCGCAACACCGCGCCUGGCUUAUGAAUACUCUAGAGGAGUAUCAAAGUACCUCAGCUCUUAACACUCCCAGUAAUUCUCCCCUGGCGACAUUCUCCCCGGAGCUUGGUCCCCUGCCGGUAGCCCCAGGUGCGGCGGGCGCCCACCGCCUUGAGGAAAGUUUUACCAUCCACCUCGGCAGCCAGCUCAAACAAACACAUAACAUCCGGAUAGUCGCUAUGGAUCUCCUGGAUUUGUGUAUUGUCAAUCCUCAGGAGGGAUCCCGGCGUCUUCAGACGUCCUUGUCCCUGUACUCGUCGGAACUGUCGGGCGUGGUGCUGCUGACGGAAUCCCCCCCUCGCAGGCCUGCGCCCCCGACGACCACCCUGGUGAGCGCUGCCACGUCCAGCACCGAGCACCAUUUUGCAGACGUCGAGCUGCAGCUAAAGGAGAUCAGUGAGAAGGUUCGAGAACCGGCGGACAAACGCAACAACCAACGACAAAGAGAACAAUCUGAGAACAUGAGCAACUGUAGCAACAGUAGUAACGGCAACAACAGCAACAGCGGGCCGCGCAUGCGCCCGCGCCGCGACCUUCAGACGGGGGACAUCUUCAUCACUAAACAUAGCAACCUCGACGAGGUUCACGUCGUGUUCCACCUCAUCGUCGACGACUCUGAACUGCGAUCCGGUGAUAUAACCUCCCGACACCCCGCUAUCUUAGGGCUGCGCAACAUUCUCAAGGCGGCCUGCAGUAAUGACAUCACCAGCCUGUCCAUUCCGCUGCUGCUCCGCCACGAGAUGUCCGAGGAGAUGACGGUGGCGUGGUGCGCGCGGCGCGCGGAGCUGGUGCUGAAGUGCGCGAAGGGCUUCAUGCUGGAGGCGGCGGGCUGGGGCGGCGCCGACCUGCGCACGCUGCACUUCGUGCUGCCGCCCGCCACCCGCCCGCCGCUCUUCGCCACGCUGGCGCAUCUGCUGCCCUCCAUCUUCCGCAUCUCCAACCCCGUCAAGUGCUCGCGCCCGAGGGACUAG